AUGCUGCAGUUCAUCACGAGGCAAGGCAUGCAUGAUGUGGCUUGCUCAGCCCCUCGACCCUUUCCUUCUUCUCCGUUUCUCACCGGUUUCGACAUUGUCUUGCUGCACACACAACCACAUCAAAACGACCGUCUUGCAUAACUGCGACGAGGUGCCCCCUCCCAGCCCGGGAGUUUCCCAGGGCAGCAGAGCCUUCGUCUUGUGUCCGCCCACUUGCCGUGUGCGACUAUUCUUCUCGUCGCUCGCCAGCCCGACUAUUCUUUGACCAUUCCUUUUCAGCCUCAAUGUCUCAUGUCGUCGUCAACCGGAGAGUGUCCUGAGUCAAUCGCCCGAACUGCACCUUGACCAUUGCAAACAGCCCCUCCAACCGAUUUUUGGAGGCAUAGUUCGUCACCAUGCGUUUCUCCCGGAAGGAGGAAUUCAGGAGACAGUUGGAGAGACCAGCCUUCAUCGCUGGAAAUGGGGAUGAGUGGGAAGGCAGGACAAAUGAGAUUGGUGCCGAAGAAGGUGCAAAAAGUCCAGGACAUCGACAGAACCAUGAAGAUUCUGGGUCACAGGAGCAAGUUGGACCAAUCUCCCCCGAGGACCACUCUGGCGUGAUUUCAUCCGUGGAUGCCUUGUUGGACGAUUACCGCGCCGUUGCACUGUAUUCUCAUAGGACGACUGAAGGGUUGUAUAAACAUCUUCGGAGAAAGGUUAUGUCUGGAUUCAGCCAACUUGACGACGAGGGAACAACUUCCCAAGUGCCUAGCAUCGAAAGGUCGGCUAAUGAGGCGUUGGGUGUCGUCCACAAUGAGCCUUGCAACGCGGACGGCCAGCAAAGUCCACCGGACAAUACCAUCGGCUCCAGCCCUAACGAAGUAGCCCACCACCCUUUGAAACAUCCAGAGGUGGUUUCCGAAUCGGAUCAUAUGAGAGUUUGCGACGCUGGGACAAGGACUGCGGAUGUUAUCAGUCACCUCAAUACAGACAUCGAGCCGGCGUCUGACCAGUCCUGUGCCGCCGCGCAAGAGAACGCAAGGGUUAAUGCCGACUUCUGGACCACGUACGUCACUCAGCCCUUCACCCUCCUGCUCUUGGGGAGUUUUGAGUUGCUGACAAGAUCAAAUUGUAAGGACGCUAUUGAGUGAACUGAUAGUACACGAUGAUGUCCUUAUCCAGCAAACGGCGUUGAGAGGACUGAUCGAUCACAUGGCAUUUCAUAGUAACCGUAGCAUAUACAACACGCUCAACGUGUUGCUGAAUGCCCCAGGCGACU